AUGAGCUUUGGAUUUAUUACUGCAUCAGGGAAAAAUGUGAAAGUUAGUGAAGAGGCGUUGAAAAAAGCUAAAGACAUUUUUGGAAAUUUAGACGGCGACGAUGAAUUGGUUGAAAACUCAAGUAAGCUCGAUUCAUCGAAAAGUGGUGAUGCAACACCGGUACGCCCAUCAGCGAAACGGUUCUGCUUAAGUCGAAACAAGUUCAAACCUCCUGCCUUCGUUAGCCCCAUGCCUAGUGGCAAUGAACCAUCGACAAGCAGCACCUAUCGAAAAUUACCACCUCUCUCAGUCCCACCGUUGAGAGAAAACUCUGCUUUGAACACACCAAAAACUCCAGUAAGGACAUCGACCCCGGAAAAUUUAGUUUCUGGCAGAAGUUACUCGAAGGGUUUGACUCCUAUAAAACUUCUAACUCCGUACUGCAGAAAUUGGAGGCUCUGUGUUAAAGUGACUGAAAUUGAAGGGAUUCGGCGUUUCCGUGGGAUGGAAGUGUUUUCGUUUUUAGCUGCUGAUGAAGGAGGUGUUGAAGUUCGCGUUACAGCAUUUAACGAUUUGGCCAGCAAAACUGCUGCAUUGAUAACUGCCGGAGAGAUCACUGUUUGCACUGACCAGCCUCUGAUAGCCUCUCCAAGAGUUUGUUUCCUGUUUGUGAAGAUAAAAAACAUUGCAAAAUAUUUAGACGCAGAAAUUGACCUUAUUGGUGUUAUCCGCGAAGUGGGUGAGAUUCGACAAGUAUCAAGCAAGAUUGGGGACUUAUUAAGGAGAGAUUUGGAAGUUGUAGAUGACACUGGUUAUAGCAUUAAUUUGUUGCUUUGGGGUGAUCGGACGAAUAAAUUUGAGAAGUCCGCUACUCGAGUGAUAGCUGUCAAAAAGGCGUACGUGCGAGAUUAUCAAGGCACAAUUAUGGUUACUACCGUGACUUUUAGUAAAAUUGUUAUUGAUCCGGAUUUGAUCGAAACUCGCUCCCUUAGUUCUUGGUAUACGGCUAAUAAAGAGAUGCAGUUUACACCCGUUUCAACCAGAUGCUUCGAAACUUUUGAGGAUCAUCACUGGAUACGGGAAGUCAGACAGUCCAACGGCUUGCAGUACUUUAGCAUUGUUGCCUUGGUCACUAAUAUCAAUUUGGAUAGUGCUGUUUACAAGGGGUGUGAAAAAUGCCGAAAAAAACUCCUUGAGCAUGAUGGCGAAUUAAGGUGCGCUAGGUGUAAUGUAACCUCCAACGACUAUCAGUUUUUUUAUUCCAUCAAUCUUGAAGUCUGUGAUUUUACGGGUUCAAGAUACAUAAGUAUUUUCGAUAAGUGUGCGGAAAAACUAAUUGAAGAGCCGGCAAACGAAGUGGCGAAAUAUAUGAAAUAUGACUAUGACAAGUAUUCCCUAUAUUUCAAAAGACUGUUGUUCAGGAAAUAUAUUUUUCGUAUAUCAACUCGUUCGCCAGAAGUUCCUUCGACGACACCGGUGGUAAUUAACAAAGAUCGUCAAAGGAGGAAUGAAGAUCGGUGGCUGGUAGUUGAUUUUGCUAAACUUCCAUAUAACCUUUAUAUAACAUAUUUGAACAAGUGUCUAAAUACGCACACUGCCACCCAAGAGUAA